AUGGUCACAAGGAAGUAUCAUUUUGUAGUUCUUGACUUUGACGUGUACCAUAUCGAUCUUGAAAAUUUUAAAUACGGAGGCGCGAACGUGACUGGUUUUCGUAUGGUAGACGAAACGAAUACGAGGCUAAAAGAAUAUCGAGAUGUCUGGAACCAAUUCACUGAAAAAUAUGCAGAAUUUGAAAAUAUCACAUACGUGAAAUUCCAGGCGGCGUUGGUUUACGAUGCCGUAUCGGUGAUCACCGAAGCGUUUCGACUGAUGAAGAAUGACCACGUCGACAUAGACUCAGAACUAAUAAAUUGCGACAACAAACAUCAAAAACCUUGGCGUGAUGGCGAAAAAAUGAAUAACUACCUAAAAGAGGUCGAUAUCCAGGGACUGACUGGGCCAAUCAGAUUUGACAAAUUGGGAAGGCGGACUAAUUAUACCAUGGAUAUAUUGAGCCUUGUUCCAGACGAGACGGGAAAAGCUAGGUUUGAUAAGUGUCAUGACUAUUUUAUUGUCGUUCCCUGUGGUAAGUGGGAUUCGUCCGGUGAAGGUCACAUUGGUAUUGGUAGUGAUGGAGAGGUACUAAGUUUCCCAGCUGACAGCUUCAACAGAACCCUUCGUGUCACUACAAUUGACGACGAUCCAUAUUUUAUGCUUAAGAAAAAUGCAGAUGAAUUCGAAGGAAUGGACAAAUACGAAGGAUACUGUGUAGACUUGAUGGCAAAGAUUGCCGACGUCCUGAAAAUUAAAUAUGAAUGGCAAAUUGUGGAAGACGGUAACUACGGUCGUCUCAACGAAGACACGAAUAGAUGGGAUGGAAUGAUAGGAGAACUCAUAGAAAAUAAAGCGGAUUUAGUUGUGGCACCUUUGACUAUCACUUCUGACCGUGAACCUUAUGUAGAAUUCACAACACCAUUCAUGGGUUUGGGUAUCAGUAUCAUGAUUAAGAAACCGCAAAAUACCAAACCAGGCGUCUUCUCGUUUCUACACCCUUUAUCUCAUGAGAUCUGGAUGUGUAUCGUGUUUGCCUAUGUUGGUGUUAGCGUGGUGCUCUUCUUGGUUAGCCGUUUCAGUCCCUAUGAGUGGCACGCAGUUGAUGCUCCGCCGCCAUUGUUUGACGACACUGGGGAUAGGCAGGAGAUGGCCAACGAUUUUGGAAUCUUUAACAGUCUUUGGUUUUCACUGGGUGCAUUUAUGCAGCAAGGAUGUGAUAUUUCUCCAAGAUCGCUAUCAGGUCGUAUAGUUGGAGGUGUGUGGUGGUUUUUUACUCUAAUCAUCAUAUCUUCCUACACUGCCAACCUGGCUGCUUUUCUUACCGUUGAGCGGAUGGUGUCGCCAAUAGAGUCAGCUGAUGACUUAGCCACACAGACUGAGAUAUCCUAUGGCACGUUAACGUCUGGGUCUACAACGUCUUUCUUUGAGAAAUCUACUGUACCAACGUACACACGAAUGUGGGCCUAUAUGAGCACUACACAGCCAUCGGUCUUCACAAAUUCCAUAAAAGAAGGUAUUGAAAGGGUUAGGCGCCAAAAAGGAAGAUAUGCUUUCCUAUUGGAGUCAACGAUGAAUGAAUACAUCAACCAACGUAAACCAUGUGAUACAAUAAAGGUUGGGAACAAUCUGAACUCAAGANUCCACGGUAAAAUGACAAUAAAAAGGUCUGCACUCAAAGAAAAUUUAACCUUGGCAAUAUUAACGCUGAGGGAGAGAGGCGAACUACACAAAAUGGAGAAGAAAUGGUGGUAUGAAAAAGGUGAAUGCGGUGACGGGGAUUCCAAGUCACAGGAAACAGCCAAUGCACUGAGUCUCAGUAAUGUAGCAGGUGUAUUUUAUAUAUUAGUGGGUGGUCUGGGAUUGGCAAUGGUGGUUGCGCUAAUGGAAUUUUGUUAUAAGUCAAGGAAGGAAGCGAGACGAGCCAAGACUAGCCUAUCAAUCGCAAUGAGGGCAAAGGCCAGAAUGUCUAUAAAAGGUGACAAUGGGAGAGUUUCUACACCAGAUUUCACAAAGUCUAUAUCUACUGUCCCAAUUACAAGGUCGUCGAACUUGCGAACUCCGCCAAAGGCAAAUUCUGGAAACAUGUUCAGUAGAAAAAAAAGUUUAACGCCAUGCCCAAGUGAAGAAGAUUUACUGGCUAAAGUAAAGAAAGAAGAAGUGUACCUGAGAGAAAAUGUCAAAAUGUUACACAUUGAAGGGCUGGACUCUUGCAAUGGUACCAACACUCACACACAAGUGUAAUAUCGACACUACACAGGACGACUCAGUUAGCGCAUGCGUUUGACUAGUCUGUUCAUUCUGGUUCUAACCGGAUUACGUCUGCCUGUUUUGGCACCACCGUCGACGACGUGAAAAGUAGAGGCAUCCAAUUUAGGGAGGCGUAGAGUUAGUGCUCUGUUGUAUUUAGAAGUCUGAGAUGUCUCCUCAGUGUAAUUUAUAAAAGAC